AUGCUUUCAUUCAGAAGUUUGACUAGCACAUUCGGUUUCGUAUCACGAUUCCAAAUUAGACGGUUAGGAACUAGUUUAUCAAUACAGAAUUUAGAAGUGCAAGAUGGCCGUUGGAAAGGUAAACUAGCUACAGAGAAGAAGACCAAUAGGGAACACAAGUCAGUGGAUACGAAUAUCAAGACAAUGAAGAUGCUUAAAAACCCGAAGAAUUCUACUCGCUAUUUGAGACGAAGUUUUGUGCCAAACCACAGAAAGCAGGAGAAUGGACGUGAUAUUCUGGAGGAUUCUUUAAGUAAAGAUCACUUAAAAGUGAAGAGUUGUAUCACCAUUACCACCGGAGAGGGUUAUGAUCUCAAAAGAUGCAUGAAAUUGCUUACUAUGCAAGGAUUACAACCGACAAAUUUGAUACCUGAUGAAAUCGUGUCAUUUAGUUAUCAGGAUAAUGGCAAUAAAGGUGACGUAAUGAUUUUAGGUCAAAAUGGAUCUAUUGUAAGCUGGGGCUUCAGUGAAUCUAGUGUUCGAAACUGCAUAGUGCCUAUAGUUAAAGCAGCGAGUUUAAAUCCACUGAACGGAGAAGACUUUGAGACUGAGGACAUGGAUUAUGUGGAAAUAGAAGGGGAACAAGAUUUUGAUAAGCUUUCCAGUUUGGAUAAUAAGGUAACACCGAGAAUUGCAUGCGAAAGCUUUCUUUCUGGAGAUUUGAUAAUAAUUAACUCCUUGGAUUCUGAUCAAGGAAUGCUAGAUAAGGCGGCAUUCUCAAGUGGGCUAUCGAGAAGCACCAACUUGGCAGUCCUAGAAGAAGCAAUGGAAAAACAUAUAUCAAAGACCAGAACAAUAACAGAAAAUAUUUCUAAGGGAACAAAGUUAAAUCUAAGGUCAAGUGAUGCAUUAAAGUCAAUAGGCCGCCUUUUUCUAAUUAGAGGAAAGUUGAACCUCUAUUCAGAACUAAUUGAGACCCCUGAUCUUUAUUGGAGUGAACCUCAAUUGGAAGAGAUUUUUAAAAAUGUUUCGAGGUAUUUGGACAUAGGCCCAAGAAUAAAUAUUCUGAACAGCAAGCUGGACUAUUCUACGGACGAGUGUCGAGCCCUCAUCUCUCUUUUAAACGAGAGAAACAGCACUUUUUUGGAAUGGAUAAUUAUAUACCUGAUUGCUUUCGAACUGUGCUUUGAAAUUUAUCAUUUCUACCAGAAAUAUUCUUCCUACUGCUCAGAACCCACGAAUGAUGAUCUAGAUGCUACAAAGUAA